UUUGGUCAGGUGCUCAUGAGUGUGCUGACAGCACAGGAAGGAGCAGGACUGGACAUGAUGGUCGAUGGUCUGGUGAAAAGGUACCAGCAGGCUAGUGUGGAUCCACCUGCUGUUUUGUAUGUGGACUGUGGCUGCUGCACUGAUGUGGGUGAGACCAAGCUGAAAACCAGAUUCAGAGGUUGGCCUGAUCUCAUGAUUCGCUUGGACAUCUGGCAUUUUAUGCGCAGGAUUGCCGUGGGGUGUACAACUGAUGCCCAUCAGCUGUAUCCCAUCUUCAUGUCACGGCUGUCAGCGUGCAUUUUUGAGUGGGAUGCGGCUGAUGUUUCUAUGCUUCGCAAAGCAAAGAGAGAGCUGUUGUUAUCCCAGGGUUGGCCUGCGCUGACAGAUGAAGAUGUCAACAAGCAUCUUACCAGGGAUGAGCUGGCACUCCAUUGCCGGAGGAGGACCUGUGGAGAGGAGACUACCAUCCUUCUCCUUGAGCGGCUGCUCACAGAGCUCCUGAGCAGCAAGGGCAAAGACUCCCUGGGUGUUCCUCUCCUGGACCGAGAAAGGAUGGAGCACAUCUGGAAUGUCCAGAAGAAGCAUGUGAAAUGCAUUCAAGACCCCCCUGGUGUUGUGCUCUAUACAGAGACAGGGAGUCUAAACAAGGGAGGCGUUCUUCUGAAGACCUACAGAUGUGCCAGAGGCUCCACUUCUCUCGAGUCCUUUCAUUUACACCUGAACCGUUUCAUCCCAGGGACCAGUGCAAACAGUCUGAACUUUCAGAUUUAUCUGCUGGAGGGUCUACACCGGUGGAACCAGGACCGGGAGGCUGCUUCCCUGUCAUCGGAGCCAUCAGCUUUGCGCAGCUACACAGGAGAACUUGUUCACUGUGUAAACGGCAAUUAUGAAAAGCUGUUUGGCAGGAAAGUGGUCCCCACGUUUUGUCCCCCUGCAUGUUACACCGGUGAGCUCAUUGGAGUGCAGUAUCUGUUCCAGCAGACUGGUCAGGCACUGCAGGACAUGAAUCCGGACUCUGAGCAGACAGCAGAGCUCAUUGAGGACCUCAGUGUGGAGGAGCGAGAUGAAGAUGAGGGCUUCUGUGACAUCAGCGAGGAUCACACAAUAGCAGAUCCGGAGGCUGUUCUGUCACCGCCCUCUUCCACACUGACACUGGGUUCUUCCACCCUGGUCACCAGCAGUGCCACACCUGUACUGGGCUCCACAUCCCCUUCACUGGUCCCUGACCCCAAACUUGUCCUCACACAGUCUCCUUCAUCACCUGGACCCUCAGGGACUGCCGUCACACCUGUUCCCUCUGAAACAUCUGUUUCAACUCUCCCCUCAGAUCCAGAGGAUGCUGGUCAGGAUGAUGAUGAAGAAGAGACGGUAAAUACCAGUCCUUUGCAUGUCUUUCAAAUUAACUAGAAUAA